CGUGUAACCGGACUCCGGCGUGACGUCGGCGGCCAACGAUUGGUGGGCGUCGCUCGUAUAUAUGCGUCACGCGUCACUCCCACCUCCUCGCCAGUGGAAUUUCAUCUCCGCUUCUGCACCUUCUGGGCAGACGAGAACACAAAAAAAGAAGCAAAAGCUGGCAGGCUGACGGGAAUUUGCAUCUUUACAGGACGGAUUAUCUGGUAACUGACCAAUUAGCUGUGGCACACUCGGACUCUGUGUUAAGCGUGGGAUUUCAAUCAUGAGCUCAGUCGCCGUACUUACGCAGGAAAUCUUUAACGAGCACCGCAUCGGGCUCCUGCCGGAGCAGAGCGGCGCAGCUGCCACUGUGGCGGCCGCCGGUGCCGCCGGGGGAGAAGAGGAGGACGCCCUUCCCACCUACAAGGAUGCCUUCCCGCCGCUGCCCGAGAAGGCGGCGACGCCCGAGGGCGCCCAGGAGACCACCAGCGCCUGGGCCACCAAAAUGCGUUCUCUGAAGUCCUCCGUCAUCACCCAGGUUUUCCAUGUCCCUCUAGAAGAGCGCAAGUACAAGGACAUCAACCAGUUUGGGGACGGAGACCAAGGCAAGGUCUGUGUGGACAUCAUGCACAAGACCGGAGCCCACCUGGAACUCUCCUUGGCUAAAGAUCAGGGUCUCUCCAUCAUGGUGUCCGGAAAGCUGGACGCCGUGAUGAAGGCUCGCAAGGAGAUUGUGUCCCGACUGCAGACUCAGGCCUCGGCUACUGUGGGCAUCCCCAAGGAGCACCACCGCUUUGUCAUCGGCAAGAAUGGGGAGAAGCUGCAGGAGCUGGAGCUGAAGACCGCCACCAAAAUCCAGAUCCCGAGACCCGACGACCCCAGCAACCAGAUCAAGAUCUCCGGCACCAAGGAGGGCUUGGAGAAGGCGAAACACGAGAUCCUGCUGAUCUCUGCCGAGCAGGACAAGCGAGCUGUGGAGAGGGUGAACAUCGACAAGGUGUACCACCCGUUCAUCACAGGUGCCUACAACAAGCUGGUCGGCGAGAUGAUGCAGGAGACGGGCGCUCGCGUCAACGUGCCUCCUCCCAGCGUCAACAAGACGGAGAUCGUGAUCACUGGGGAAAAGGAACAGGUGGCCCUUGCUGUGGCUAUGAUCAAGAAGAUUUACGAAGACAAGAAGAAGAAUGCCACCACCAUCGCGGUGGAGGUGAAGAAGUCUCAGCACAAGUAUGUGAUCGGCCCCAAGGGAAACACCCUGCAAGAGAUCCUGGACAGAACCGGCGUCUCGGUUGAGAUCCCACCUUCCGACAGCAGCUCGGAAACCGUCAUCCUUCGCGGGGAGCCCGACCGCCUCGGUCAGGCCCUCACCGAAGUUUAUGCCAAGGCAAACAGCUACACUGUUUCCUCGGUAACGGCUCCCUCUUGGCUCCAUCGAUUCAUCAUUGGCAAGAAGGGGCAGAACUUGGCCAAAAUUACCCAACAAAUGCCCAAGGUGCACAUUGAGUUCACGGAGGGAGAAGACAAGAUCACCCUGGAGGGUCCCACCAAAGAUGUGCAGAUGGUGCACAGCCAGAUUGAAGCCAUUGUUGCAGACCUAAUAAGUCGCAUGGACUACACCGAGAUCAGCGUGGAUCCCAAAUUCCACAGACAUCUGAUUGGGAAGGCUGGCGCCAACAUCAACCGCAUCAAGGAGCUACACAAAGUCACCGUCCGUAUCCCCCCUGACCACGAGAAGAGUACCCUGAUCCGCAUCGAGGGGGACCCCCAGGGUGUACAGGAGGCCAAGAAGGAGCUGUUGGAGCUUGCGUCACGCAUGGAGAACGAGCGUACAAAGGAUCUGAUCAUCGAACAGCGUUUUCACAGAGCCAUCAUCGGCCAAAAGGGAGAGAAGAUAAAAGAAGUGCGCGACAAAUUCCCAGAGGUCAUCAUCAACUUCCCUGACCCCGCCCAGAAAAGUGAUAUUGUUCAGCUGAGGGGCCCGCGAACUGAGGUGGAAAAGUGUUCCAAGUUCAUGCAGAAGAUUGUAGCUGAAAUGAUGGAGAACAGCUUUUCCGUCUCCGUCCCAAUCUUUAAGCAGUUCCACAGGAACAUCAUCGGAAAAGGGGGAUCAAACAUCAAAAAGAUUCGUGAGGAAACCAACACUAAAAUCGACCUGCCUGCCGAGAAUAACAACUCUGAGAUGAUCAUCAUCACUGGGAAGAAGGCCAACUGCGAGGCUGCACGAGUCCGCAUUUUGGCCAUUCAAAAGGAACUGGCAAACAUCACUGAGCUGGAGGUGUCCAUUCCCUCCAAACUGCACAAUUCCUUGAUCGGCUCCAAGGGCCGCUUCGUGCGCUCCAUCAUGGAGGAGUGCGGCGGUGUGCACAUCCACUUCCCCAGCGAAGGCUCUGGUAUCGACAAGGUCACCAUCCGGGGCCCCGCGGAGGAGGUGGAGAAGGCCAAGCAGCAGCUUCUGGCCCUGGCCGAGGAAAAGCAAACGAAGAGCCACACGGCCGAGCUUCGCGCCAAGCCAGAGUACCACAAGUUCCUCAUCGGCAAAGGCGGCGGCAACAUCCGCAAGGUGCGCGACAGCACCGGAGCCAGGAUCAUCUUCCCCACGGCCGAAGACAAAGACCAGGAGCUCAUCACGGUCAUCGGCACCGAGGAGGCCGUGCGCGAUGCCCAGAAGGAGUUGGAGGAGCUCAUCAAGAGCUUGGACAACGUCAUCGAGGACACCAUGAGCGUGGACCCCAAGCACCACCGCUACUUUGUGUCCCGUCGCGGCCAAGUUCUGCGCGACCUCGCCGACGAGUACGGUGGCGUGAUGGUGAGCUUCCCCCGCACUGGCACGCAGAGCGACAAAGUCACCCUCAAAGGAGCCAAAGAGUGUGUGGAGGCGGCCAAAAAGCGCAUGCAGGAGAUUGUCGAGGACCUGGAUGCUCAAGUGAUCAUCGAAUGCACCAUUGCUCAGAAGUUCCAUCGUUCUAUCAUGGGCCCCAAGGGCUCCCGAAUCCAGCAGAUCACCAGAGAUCACAACGUGCACAUCAAGUUCCCUGAUCGCGAGGACCCUCAAGCUGUGGAGCCAAUUCAGGAGAACGGCGAGGCCAACGGUGAGAUCAAGGAGCCCGUUGAUCCAAACGCGCCGAAGAAGUGUGACGUGAUUGUGAUCUCCGGCCGCAAGGAGCGAUGCGAGGCUGCUGUGGAAGCACUGAAGGCUUUGGUUCCUGUCACAAUCGAGGUGGAAGUGCCUUUUGAGCUUCAUCGUUACAUCAUCGGGCAGAAAGGAAGUGGAAUUCGCAAGAUGAUGGACGAAUUUGAGGUAAAUAUUCAAGUGCCUGCUCCUGAACAGCAGUCCGAUAAAAUCGCCGUCACCGGCUUGGCCGACCACCUGGAGCGCGCCAAAGAAGGAUUGUUGGAGCGCGUCAAGGAGCUGCAGGUCGAGCAGGAGGAUCGGGCGCUCAGGAGCUUCAAACUGACCAUCACUGUGGACCCCAAAUAUCACCCCAAGAUCAUCGGUCGCAAGGGUGCCAUUAUUACCAACAUUCGCACAGAGCACGAUGUUAACAUCCAGUUCCCAGAAAAGAAUGACGAAAACCAGGACCAGAUUACCAUUACAGGGUAUGAGCACAAAGCCAUAGCUGCAGGCAAUGCCAUCCAGGCCAUCGUGGAGGAGUUGGAGGAGAUGAUCUCGGAGGACAUCACUUUGGACAGCAGGGUCCACGCGCGCAUCAUCGGCGCCCGCGGCAAGGGCAUCCGCCGCAUCAUGGAUGAGUUCAAGGUUGAUCUCAGGUUUCCUCAGAGCGGAGCCGCUAACCCCAACACGGUGACAGUGACUGGUCGACCCGAGCUGGUGGACGAAGCCAUCGACCACCUCCUUAACCUCGAAGAAGAAUACAUGGCAGACAUGGUAGAGAACGAGUCAAAAAUGGCGUACAUGAGGCCCUCGGGGGGCAACCACGCGCCCGCCGACGAGCAUCGUGGGCCCUCCAAAGGCUUUGUGGUGAGGGAGGCUCCGUGGACCACUGACAACGAGAAGGCUCCUGACAUGAGCAGCUCUGAGGACUUCCCCAGCUUCGGGGCCCCGGUGUCCUCCGCCAAGGCCUCACCCUGGGGACCCAAACGCUUUUAAAGGAGAACAUCUUCAAACAGACACAAUCUCCCCUCCCGUCCUCACCCCGAAACCUUCCCCCCCCCCCUCCUGGACUGACUGCUGACCCCUUAAAAGUCCUUCAGUUGUCACUCACCUGUCAAUGCUUUAAAAAAAAAAAAAAAAAGAGAGAGAGAGAGAGGAAAAAACAAAUGUGACAAUUUGUUUGUCUUUUUUUUUUUUUUUUUUUUUUUUGUAGAGCUGCCCUUUUGCCUUGGCAGGUUUUGGAAGGAGGGGGUCAGCUCUAUUAGUGCUCUCCGUGCAUUUGCGUUGAAGUAAUUGUCAUCUGUGCGUCCAUUUGCUCGUGACACCUCGUCGCCUUAUCGUUCACUUUGACGCAAAACUGCCAGAUGCUUGGAGAUGAUGCAACUUCCUUUAAAAACAACACUAGUACCACACCUCUGGCUCAUCAAACCUCACACUUAAAAAAAACAAAAAAAAACCACACAAAUAAAUAAAUAAAUAAAAAAAAAGACAGAGAAACAAGAGAAAAACAAGCUUAAAAAUAUCAUGUCAACUGUCAUCUCGUUUGGGGGUCAGUGUCCGGUCCCAUUUGUCUUCCAGUUGCUAGGCAGAGUUUCUGUUCAACAGCAAUUAAUUUUUUUUAUUUUAUUUUUUUUUUAAUUUUUUUUUUUUUUUUAAAUACAUCAGCCUUAAAGACUAGGAGGUUGCAAGCCAGACCGGAGGUGACGUCUGCUGGCAUCUUUUAUUUCCCCCCCCCCGGGGAGUGAAAGUUGACCGCACCGUGCGUCGUCCCGCCUGCGUUUACGAGGCCUCCUAGCUUCCGUGGAAAGUUAUGCAAUUGAGGUGUGAAAGGUUACGGAUGACACUGGAAAAGAAAUUGUCCAAAAAAUGUCAAUAAAAAUUGAAAAUCUU